CCGGGUCAUCCGCCAGGAUCUGUCUCUUGCGUCUGUGUGUCUGACAGAGUAAUAAUUAUUUCAUCCGCCGCCGUGCUGUACUGCAGCUCUCUGCCCGACUGCGCGGCUCGCCGAGCGGACACUGCGCUUUAGCGUGCACCGGUGAAGAUGGAGCCACGAGCGCUGUGAAGCUGCAGCCGGUCGCACAAAGGCUGGGAUGAGACGGUAGGAGGCUUCUUGUAUGGGCUAACCCGUGGUUAUUAACUCGCCCUAACGAUGUCGAAGAGCCUCAAGAAGAAAAACCACUGGACCAACAAAGUCCACGAAGCAGUGAUAACCCGGGGGAAAGAAGGGGAGCUGGGGUUUGAGCUGAAGGGGGGCGCGGAAAACGGCCAGUUCCCCUACUUCGGCGAGGUGAAGCAGGGGAAGGGACUGAUCCAGAGCGGAAAACUGGCCCAGGAUGAGCUGCUGCUGGAGGUCAACGACAUGCCAGUGGCCGGGCUCACCACACGGGACGUGCUGGCCGUGAUUAAACACUGCAAAGACCCGGUCCGCUUCAAAUGUGUCAAGCAAGGGGGGGUGGUUGACAAAGAUUUGCGACACUACCUCAACCUGCGCUUUUCCAAGGGCUCAGUGGACCACGACCACCAGCAGAUCAUCAGAGACAACCUCUACCUCCGUACUGUUCCCUGUACCACCAGGCAGCCUAAGGAGGGGGAGGUGCCAGGGGUGGACUACAAUUUUGUGAGUGUGGAGCGUUUUAUGGAACUGGAGCAAAGUGGAGCCCUGCUAGAGAGUGGAACCUAUGAAGAUAACUUCUACGGCACACCAAAACCUCCAGCGGAGCCGUCCCCGGCAGCCCCUCCUCUGAAUGUGAGUGAGGCUUUGCUUCCAGGAGCCCGGCCCAGCGCCCAGGGCAAGAGAAAGAGGAACCAGUCAGUUAGUAACAUGGAGCAGCGCGCCAGUCUGGAGCCGCCUGAGGAGGAGGAAGAGGAGAGCCCAGUUGUCAAUGGCAACGGGGUGGCAAUCACACCAGAGUCCAGUGAACAUGAGGACAAAAGCACAGAUGCCUCUGGGGAGGUUGCUGUUGAAGGAUCCAGCCAGGACCCAGCAUCUGCUGAGCCUCCAAUUGAAGGGGAGGAGACCCCAAAAUCUCCCUCCAAAUCACCCACAAAAGUCCCUGACACAGAUGAGGAAGAGCUGGGUCCUCUGCCUGACAACUGGGAGAUGGCUUACACUGAAAAGGGAGAGGUUUACUUCAUAGAUCACAACACCAAAACUACGUCAUGGCUCGAUCCUCGGCUAGCAAAGAAAGCAAAGCCACCAGAGGAAUGCAGGGAAGAUGAGCUGCCGUAUGGCUGGGAGAAGAUAGAUGACCCCAUCUAUGGCAGCUACUAUGUCGACCACAUCAAUCGAAGGACUCAGUUCGAGAAUCCAGUCCUGGAAGCUAAAAGACGCCUGGAGCAGCAGAGACAGAUGCAAAGCCAGGGACUUUCUGCUCUACCUUUACCUACAAUAUACAGAGAAAAGCCGUUGUUUACGAGGGAUCCAACCCAGCUGAAGGGCACUUUCCUGUCGACAGCCCUGCAGAAGAGCAACAUGGGAUUUGGCUUCACAAUUAUAGGAGGCGAUGAGCCCGAUGAGUUCUUGCAAGUGAAGAGUGUUAUACCAGAUGGACCUGCUGCUCAGGAUGGGAAAAUGGACACAGGUGAUGUCAUUGUCUACAUAAAUGACAUCUGCGUGCUUGGCACCACACAUGCCGACGUUGUCAAGCUUUUCCAGUCUGUACCGAUUGGUCAGAGCGUGACUCUUGUGCUCUGUCGAGGAUAUCCUCUUCCUUUUGACCCUGAAGAUCCAAGUGGAGCAGCAAGUGCGUCCCUGACACCCAUUGGCUUGGAACACCGUCCGCUAGUGGUGAAUGGUCGCGGAAGCUACGACCCAUACCUGGAAUACCUGUCGCUGAGCUCUCAGCUUCCCCCUCAAGCACUGGCCCAGGCUGGAGCCUCUCACCCCGGGGACACACAUCUGGACGGCUCCUCACUGCCGCCCACCACACCUGGUUCAGCAUCAGCGCUCACACCUCAUAAUGAUAACAUAUCGAUAGGCUCCUCUGGGACUGCAGGUGUUGCCGGGGCAACAGCUCAAGGGGCAGAGCUGCUAACGGUUACCAUGGUGAAAGGUGCAGAAGGAUUUGGGUUCACAAUUGCGGAUAGUCCCACCGGUCAGCGAGUUAAACAGGUGCUAGAGCCAGGCUCACAGGGAGCAUCUGGGGUGAUAGAGGGAGACCUGAUCCUGGAGGUGAAUCAGCAGCCAGUGGCUGCAGCUGGACAUGGACGAGUGGUGGAAUUGCUCAAAGAGUGCCCUGUGGGAGCUGAAGCAACACUCCUCAUACAAAGAGGAGGAACAGGUCACAUAUCUCCAUGGAAGGCUUCCAAACAGUUGCCUGACCAGUGGGACCCCCAUGGCAGCCCUCAGGCAAACCUAUCUGGCCUAGUCUUGCCACCUGGCACACCUUUCCCAAACCAGCCCCAACACCGCACAUCUGUGCCCGACUCCACCGAAGGCUUCGACCUCAACAAACCUGAUCCUUACGAUCUUUACGAGAAGUCGAGGGCCAUCUAUGAGAGCAGACGUCCCGAGUACGAGGAGGUGGAGGUUCACCUGCUAAGGGAAAAGACGGGGUUCGGCUUUCGCAUCCUUGGGGGAGACGAGGCCGUGCAGGCUGUGAGUCCGGACGCCCGUGACAAGAUUGUUAUUGGUGCUAUAAUAGAGAACACUCCUGCUGAGCGUGAUGGGCGGCUUCGACCUGGGGAUGAGCUCAUUUCUGUGGAUAAAAAUGUGGUUGCUGGGAAACCACACAAAUAUGUAAUAGACUUGAUGCACGCAGCUGCUCGAAAUGGUCAAGUCAGCUUGACUGUGAGAAGGAGAGUCCAAAUGCCUGGUGAACCUUGUCCAGUGAAUGGUCGCAGCCCCGGCUCAGUGUCGACGCAACACAGCUCUCCACGGAGUGAUGCAGCUGUGGCUUCAAGUAUAACAGUGGUCGCUGCCCCCGUUGCCACUUCAACCCCAGAGGGAUCUGCCCUGCAAACCAGCGAUGUUGUUAUUCACCGCAAAGAGAACGAAGGUUUUGGGUUUGUCAUCAUCAGCUCCCUCAACCGGCCAGAGAACACCACUGUCAUCACUGUGCCCCAUAAAAUUGGACGCAUCAUUGAGGGCAGCCCUGCAGACAGAUGUGGGAAGUUGAAGGUGGGCGACCGGAUCCUGGCUGUAAAUGGACAGUCCAUCAUCAGCAUGCCACAUGCGGACAUCGUCAAGCUCAUUAAAGAUGCUGGAUUGACAGUCACACUACACAUCAUACCAGAGGAAGGUUCCCAUUCUGGACCCAGCUCAGAGAAACAGAGCCCCAUGACCCAAAAACACAGUCCACAGACCCAGCCAAGCCCUGUAGCCCAGCCAAGUCAAGGAGGCACCCAGUCAUGCCAAAUGGUCCCUCAGUCAGGCCAAACAACCACUCAGUCAGGUCAAGUACCAGCCCUGCCUGGCCAGACACCAGCUCAAACAAACCAAACCGUGACUGGCCCUCUUGCACCAGCAGCCUCCCACCCUGCUCCAGCUGGAACCCAGCAGAGUCCAGUUGCCCAGCCCUCUGGUCUCCCUCCACAGCUUUACCUUCAUGAUGGCAGAUCAGAGGUAAAGGCAAGACAAGACGUCAAACCUGACUUCCGCCAUCCUCCAUUCACCGACUAUCGGCAACCUCCUGUUGACUACCGUCACCCUCCAGUGACUGAUUAUCGCCAACCACCAACGCUGGACUACCGACAUCCACCUGGUCUGCUGGACUUCAGACAGCACCCUGCUGCUGCACAGUUUCCUUUGGGGAUUCCUCCUGACUUCAGACCACAGGACUAUGAUUAUUUCACAGUGGAGCUGGAGAAAAGUGCAAAAGGUUUCGGUUUCAGUAUCCGUGGGGGCAGAGAGUACAGCAUGGACCUAUUUGUGCUGCGGCUUGCGGAGGAUGGUCCUGCCAUAAGAAAUGGAAGAAUGAGGGUAGGGGAUCAGAUCAUAGAGAUUAACGGGGACAGCACUCGGGACAUGACUCACGCCCGCGCUAUUGAACUCAUCAAGGCGGGAGGCAGGCGGGUCAGGCUGCUGCUGAAGAGAGGCACAGGACAGGUGCCAGAAUAUGACUGUCCCGGCCCCUGGGAUUCCCUUUCUACAGUCCACUCUGCCCUGCAGGAAGUGACCAUGGAACCAAACCUGAAUUCAUUGCUGUCAUCCCAUCCAGCCUCAGCCCCAGACCCACCUCAUCAGCUCUCUCUAGAGGCCACAGUGUGCAUGGCAGACAACUCUCCACUGCUGACAGACCACAGCUCCAUUAGAGGGGCUACAGGUGGCAGGUCCACCGAGCAAAGGUGCAUCAUCAGGGGGCAGGGAAUCCCUCCAGGGUCUGGAAAAGUGGACUGUGGACCUGGUGACAGGCAGCCUCGUGCUUUGCCUCCUAAAGCUGUUGUGGGAAGGUCCAUUGAGGGAAGGGAAACUUGCUCCCCCUGCUGUGAGAGAAGAAGCCUGCAAACACAGACAGUGGGCACUGUUUGGCCUUAUGUGAGUGUGAAUUUGAAUGGAGCCCCUCUGGGCAGUGGGGAUGGACAUUUCAGCCUCCAGGAGAGGCUGGUGCCCAGAGGUCUGUUUUCCAGAGAAGAUGAGAAGACCAGUGGCCACAGUGGGCUUUGCUGCCCCUCUAAAACAAUUGAAGAUCCGCCAGCAAGAAGUGCAGCUGCCUCCCCAGGGCCCUGGAACAUCCCUGGGUCUGACAAACUCCCUGGCACCCUGAGAUCCUGGACCUCCACAGUAAGCAGGUAGAAUGGAUCCUCGUGGUUUGGGCUGGAUGUUUCCACAUUCAGUUCCCCAACGGAAGACAUCUCCCUUUGGCCUGUCAUGUUUUCUUCCCCAUAUACUUAUGAAGUCUUGUUUUAUGUUUAAUUUGUUCUUUUAAGAUAAUUAUUACACCCACCACCUUAAAAAAGAAAGAAACGUUCUUAGUGUAAACCUGAUAGAGACCCUUACAUGUGAACAAAGACAUUUUGAUAACAGAAGGAGCAACAAAGUCUCGUUCUGGAAGAAGCUGCACACCUUUAAUUGCUCAACUAUAUCCGGCUUAGACUGGUUAGUGCAGUAUGGUCUGCUCCAACAGAUUUAAAUCUGCUUCAUUUCUCUGUUAAGUGGGAAGAUUAAGACUAUUGGUCUGUCAGAUGGAGGCAGUGACACUGAAACUCUGUCUCAAACGACAGCCUGGGUAGCCGAUAUAUGUUACACGCCAAUAAUAUAUAACAUGUUGUAAAUGUAAAGAUGUGAAAAAUAUGUACAUUUGGUAAACUCAAAAACAGACCUGUAGGAGUUUUUGAGGCAGUGUUGUAGUUAGAUACAAUAUACAAAACUAAAAGAGGAAAGAGAAAUAACCUGGGACAGUAUUUUAGAAUCACUGUUUCCAUUGCCUCGUCUAUAACUACAUAUCAAAGACUGCGCAAGUCACCAAACCCAGACAGCGCCGUUUGUGUGCAUGGAAAUGAAACAUCAUGUCAUUAGACAGGGUCUCACAAGUCUUUUAGAGGAAGAACAUAGAAAGAACAUUAUCUUUGAAGCAGACAAGUUGGCAUUCAUGUGAAACAAAAGGGAUCUUUUUUCCCAUCACUUUUGAAAGACUGAGAAUAGUCGGCUUAGUAAGAACUCAUUCUACUCCUGAGUUAUGUCCGCAACCUUGAGUCAACCAUGCAGCCAUUGUUCAGAGUUAAAAGCAGUAUUGUAUUCAUUUAAUGCUCAACAGGAAAAUUUUGUCCAUUGUCCCAUUUCUAUGCCUUUUACUGUGUGUACCACAUCACUGUGGGAGAGGGGAAGAAGAGGCUGAUGGUCAUGAGGUGGGGCAGAGUGCCUUACUCAAACUAAUGCAGAGCUGUUGUGAUUUGUUUUGGGAACUUGGUAAUCAUGCACACAUCAGCAAACUGCUGAGUUGGGGAGCCUGUAUUUCUUCAGACGUGACGCCAAGCAGUAUAUAUCUCGAUCCACUCUCAGCUGUAAAUGCAUCUAUCAAUGUCAAUAAUUGCCCUUUUCCCCAAAUGUUUUUUGAAAGGGGGGAAAUGUAGCCUGUAGCAUCACAUUCUCUUCUCAGUUAUGUAGAACUAUUUAUCAGAAUGGACCACAGUCCUUGUAUUUCAACUUUGCUCUCUAUGAAGACAUUAAGUUUGCAUUUUUACAGGCAGAGGCAGUGCCCACUGGAUUUGAAUCCAAGGUUUUAGAUGAUCUGUGAAACACAUUUAAAGCAUUUUCUUUAAUCACAAGAGCUUGUGUCUCGUAGAAGUUGAGGCAUGCUGCUAUUAAAUGGAGACAUUCAAGACAAAACCAUUCUCCCUCCUGCAUUUUCUAUAUUUGGAAAUCAUCUGUUUCUCUCAGCAAGUUAUUUGUUCUUUAUUAAAAAAUGAACCACAAGAGCUUUGGGUACCGGAGGACCAGAUGAAGCAUUGUGACAAUUUGACUGAAUGCAACAUGUUGGCAGACCCACUCUGCACAUGUGAACUGCUGGGGACAUAUGUGCAUACUGGGACACCUCCAGGACUGAUCUUGACCUGCACUGAGAUGUGGUCUGGAUGUUUUUGAGCUGACUGAACUGUGGGUUUGGAUGGGGAAACUGGUUAACGUGUUAGCAAGCAGCAUGACAACAUGCCAUUAGGCUGUAGAAAUGUGUUUACUGUAUGUACAAAUGUCAGAGUUUAGAACAGCUGAGAGAACGCGUCAUCUCGCCCUCUAUCUCCAUCCAGGCCGUCACCCUGCCUGCUGUGACUGGUUUUGUACACAGAAACAAAAAAAAAGAAAAAACUGUUGAAGGAUGGCAAGUUCAUAAACCCCCAUUGAGAUCAAGUAUAACUGUGUAGUGUUAAUUGUGUACUAUUCACCUUGUACAGCUGUAUUCCUACAAAUAUGGUUUACUGUAUCAUUGAUACUGUAGUUUCAAAGACGUGAACAACUAUUUUUAUGAAAUGCGACAGUACUGAUAUAUUACAUUUUGCUAAAAAACAAAAAACUUGUUUACUGAAAGAUAUUCUGAAAUACUGUCAAAUAAACUCUUGACAUGGUG